AGGGAGGAGGCGGCGGCGGCGGUGGUGGCGACGGCGGCGAAGAGUUGCCCCGUUACCCAUUUUCUGUUACCUCCCGCCUCUUUCCUUUUUUCGUCCCUCCUCCUUUCCCCGACCGCGAAGCACCUUUUAGAAAUUUUCCCACCGUUACGAGCUUCCCUUCCGUGGGGUCUGCUCUUCGACGCCACAGUUUUUUUCAAAAAAAAGACGUCCUAUGACUCGCACACUGAGGUGGUGGACCAAUGGUGGGGAGGAUUUGAAGUCACGUGGCAGGCACAGUCCAAUGGAAUGGUGCGGCGGGACGUCACGUGCCCCUCUCGGCGAAUGGGACCGGUCAAGAUGGCGGGCGCUAUAUAAGGUGUUGUCGAGGGGGUGGGGGUUCUGCCAUCUGGGAAACGGAGACUUUGGUUCAAGGGGAGUCGCUUCGUUGUGGAUUUAAAGCGCCGGCUGUGUGUGGGUGGGUUGGGGGUGGAUUCAAGGGGUCGUUAAGGGCCCAGCAGCGUUGGAGAGAGAAAAACCGGCCCGGAGGGAAAGGCAAAGUUUCGACGGGGAGGGGGUGCUGUGUGUGAGAAGGUAGAAGUGGAAAGUCGCUCAUACACUCACCCUCCCUCCUCCCCUCGCAUCUUCAAAAGGGCGCCGGUUGCUUCUUCCAGGAGCUAAGGGUGGAUUUUUAAACGGCAAGAUGGAGCGCGAGAGCGGUGCCUCGGCAGGCCCGACCACACGGUUACCAGGCGAGGUCUACAAUGGGAUCAAUGGUAUGUCAAGUGAAAGUGGUCCAGGGAAGAGAUUAAGAAAAUUGUCAGCGAUGGGGGAUGGCCUAGAAAGUACACAAAUGUCUUCAACACAGUCACAAUCUCAACCCCAACAACCAAGUAAUGUUAUCGGCAAUCCACCCCCUCCUGAAACUUCCAACCCUAACCGAUCCAAACGGUUGACGAACCAACUGCAGUUUCUCUCAAAAGUGCUCUUGAAGACAAUAUGGAAACAUCAGUUUGCAUGGCCUUUCCAACAGCCUGUGGAUGCUGUGAAACUAAAUCUGCCUGAUUAUUAUAAAAUCAUUAGGAAUCCUAUGGAUAUGGGAACAAUUAAAAAGCGCUUAGAAAACAAUUACUACUUGAAUGCCCAAGAAUGUAUUCAGGACUUCAAUACCAUGUUUACCAACUGUUACAUUUAUAAUAAGCAAGGAGAUGACAUAGUCUUAAUGGCAGAAGCUUUGGAAAAGAUCUUCCUUCAGAAAAUUUCAGAAAUGCCACAAGAAGAGAUUGAAAUACCCAUACAGCCUACCAAAGGAUCACGGGGUAGGGGCAGAAAGGAAACAGUUCAGUCUAAACCCAACAUGUCAACUGUACAGACUGUCACACAGACGACAAUGCCAGCAUUGGCACCAACACAGCCACAGCCGCAACCACCCCAGCGGGCACCUCAGGCAUCUCAACCACCACCACCACAGCCGCAACUUCCGUCUGUAUCAGUGCCAGCACCCACACCCCAGUCAUUUCCUCCAGCGACUCCUGAUUUGAUAGUACAGCCACCAACGACGACUGUGUCGCCACAUACGUCAGCUCCUCCGAUGCCAACCCUCACGCCAACAACAGUAAUGACAACCGCUUCGCAGCCUUCAAAGCAUAAAAAGGGAGUGAAAAGGAAAGCUGAUACAACAACUCCAACAACCAAUGUUGCAGUGAAGAGUAGAGAGUCUUCUCCUUUAGUGACUGAACCCAAACCUGCAAAGAUUCCAUCUAGAAGCGGCAGACCUCCAAAACCUGUCAAAAAAGAAAUGCCAGACUCUCAGCAACAACACCUAGAAAAAGCUGGUGGUGGUGGUGGGGUUGGUGGGGUGGUUGUUGGCAGUGGAAAGGUUUCGGAACAGUUGAAGUACUGCACUGGCAUUCUAAAAGAAAUGUUCGCCAAGAAGCAUGCAGCCUAUGCCUGGCCCUUCUACAAACCUGUGGACGUGGAAGCCCUGGGACUGCAUGAUUAUCAUGACAUUAUUAAGCACCCCAUGGAUCUCAGUACUAUUAAAUCAAAAAUGGACAACAGACAGUAUGGUGAUGCUCAAGAAUUCGCUGCAGAUGUUCGGUUGAUGUUCUCUAAUUGUUACAAGUAUAAUCCUCCUGACCAUGAGGUGGUGGCCAUGGCAAGAAAACUGCAGGAUGUGUUUGAGAUGCGUUUUGCAAAAAUACCGGAUGAACCUGUUGAGCCAGUUGUUCCAUCUCCUCCUCCUUUGCCACCUCCGACAAAUCAAGUGUCAUCCUCUUCCUCGAGUGACAGUAGCAGUGACAGUUCUUCUGACAGUGACAGUAGCACGGAUGAUUCAGAGGAGGAGCGGGCGCAGAGGCUGGCUGAGCUUCAAGAACAGUUGAAAGCGGUGCAUGAGCAGCUGGCUGCCCUUUCCCAACCACAACUGUCAAAACCAAAGAAAAAGGAAAAAGACAAGAAAGAGGAGAAAAAGAAAGAAAAGGAAAAAGACAAGAAAGAAGAAAAGAAAAAGAAGGAGGAUGUGGAGGAAAAGAAGAGGAGCAAAGCUAAGGAGCAACAGCCAAAAAAAUCAAAGAAGAACAAUGCAAAUACCAGAGAGUCUGGGGAAAUUGAUGGAAAACAAGGAAAUGGCAGAAGCGUUAACAGAAAUCUGAAGAGCAUCAAACCUGGUCCUGCUUAUGACUCUGAGGAGGAGGAUAAGUGCAAACCGAUGACAUAUGAGGAAAAGAGACAACUGAGCCUGGACAUAAACAAACUUCCUGGUGAUAAAUUGGGGCGAGUAGUUCACAUCAUUCAGUCCCGUGAGCCCUCACUGAGAAACUCAAACCCUGAUGAGAUUGAAAUAGACUUUGAAACGUUAAAACCCUCUACGUUGCGAGAGCUAGAACGAUACGUUACAUCAUGUUUACGGAAAAAAGCGAGGAAACCUCAAGUGAAAAAAGUCCCAGGGAAAUCGAACGAUGACCUCCAGCUAGACUCGAAGAGUGAGCUGGAUACCAGGUUACAUGACGUUAGCGGCCAGCUGAGCUCUGGGAAGAAACCAGGCAGAAAAGCGGAGAAGCAUGACGUAAGCAUGGAUGUGGGAGGUCCUUCAAGAAUGAGAAGCAGCAGCAGCUCUUCUGAGUCAGACAGUAGCAGUGACUCCAGCUCCUCUGAGAGCAACGACUCUGAAACAGAGAUGCCACCUAAAGCCAAACAUGGCAGCCACAAGAAUCGCUCUGGACGGGAGCAGAAGAAGCAGCACCACCACCACCACCACCAGCCACAGUCGAUGAAGCAGUCACCUCAGUUUAUACCUACUUCUCUUCCAAUCAUGGAGCCACAGAUAUUGACCAAUGCCUAUGAUGCCAUGCCACACUUUGGGCCACCCAUGAUGCACCUUCCACACCAGAGUGAGCUGCAAACGCAUUUGCCACCCGCUGCUGAGCAGCACUCUCCCCCUCAUCUCUCUCAACAUUCGGUGGUGUCUCCUCCAGCUUUGCACAGUAGUCUGCCUCAACAGCCAUCCAGACCCAGCGGGAAAGCCGCACCACUACCUCCAAAACAGCCACGGCCCCUUGCACAGUCUCCACCCAUGGUUCCACAGCCUAUAUUACAGCCACCGCAGAUGACGCAACCGCCAGCAUUGCUGGAAGAAGAGGAACCACCACCUCGUCUUUCAAUUCCCCUUCAACCUAGUCAGAUGCAUCUGUAUUUGCAACAGCUGCAAAAGGCACAGAAUCAAACCCCACUCCUCUCAACAGUCCAGACCUCAUCCCAAUCCCAACCUCAACCCCAGCCAGUCCACAGUCAGCCCCAGCCCCCUCAUACUCAGCCCCAGCCGCUGCCUCACACUCAGCCUCCGGCACAUCCCCAGCCCCAGCCUCUACCCCAGCAGCAGGUGCCGCAGCAGCAUCAACCGAGGCCACUUCACAUGCAGUCUAUGCAGUUUCCAUCCCACAUUCAGCAACCACAGCACCAACCUCCCCAGCAGGCGAAACCCCAGCAAGUCAUCCAGCACCACCACUCACCGCGACAGCCGAAGCCUGACCCUUACUCUACAGCUCAUUUGGCAGACGUGUCCUCACCGCUAUUGAUGCAUUCCCCACCGCUGCCACAGUUUCCAUCCCUUGUCCAGUCACCACCGAGAACUACCCAGAAUAAAAAGCAGGAGCCAAGAACUCCCUCAAUAGUGCAAUCUCAGCCGAUGGUGAGUGUGAAAGAAGAGAAGAGUCACUCUUCACCGGCAAUCCGAAAUGAGGCAUUCAGCCCUUCGGUACGCCAAGAAUCAUCAAAGCAGAGGGAGGGAGGGAAACCACCUCCACACCUUGGGCACAGACCAGAGAUGAAACAAAUGGAAGUUGCUGGGCCAGUGAUUCGACCUCCAGAACAUGGCACACAGCCUUCUCCUCAGGACAAAGACAAACAGAAACAACAAAAACCCAAAACUCCUGUUGCUCCCAAAAAAGAUCUUAAGAUCAAGAACAUGGGCUCUUGGGCAAGUCUGGUAACAAAGGCUCCUUCUAAUCCUUCAUCCACGGCAAAAUCUUCGAGCGACAGCUUUGAGCAAUUUCGCCGAGCAGCACGGGAGAAGGAGGAGAGAGAAAAGGCACUGAAAGCACAAGAGGAAUUCCGUAAAAUGCAGCAGGAGGCAGCGGAGAAAGAGCGACUCCGAAUGGAACAGGAGAGACAAAGAGGCCGAGAUGAAGAGGAUGCUUUAGAGUGUGCUCGGAGAGCUCACGAGGAGGCAAGAAGACAGCAGCAGCAUCAGCAACAACAGCAGCAACAACAACAACAGCAGCAGCAGCAGCAACAACAACAGAGCUCUCAGCCAACUUCACAAUCUAUGCUGGAUCAGCAGCGAGAGCUCGCAAGGAAGCGAGAGCAGGAAAGAAGGCGGAAGGAAGCGAUGGCAGCUACAAUUGACAUGAAUUUUCAGAGCGACUUAAUGGCAAUAUUUGAAGAGAAUCUCUUCUAAGGGCCUCCUGAUGCUGGAUAUCCUGACUCUUGAAAGUACUACGAAACUGUUUUCCAUGAGUUACGUGGCACCGUAGUGUUUCAGCCAGGUUCUUGGUGCACGGUCUUUCUGCAUGUGUGACCCAGUGAGUGAGCGAAUCAUUCAGUCAAUGCCUUGAAUGGAUGGACGGACAUGGAUGGACAGAAGUCUGCCUUACAUUUAACCCACAAUAUAGGAAUGAACAAAUAGACAAAACAAAACUUAUCGAUGUUGUGUAGAAAACACGUGCACAACUGUGCAUCCAGCUUUCCGAAUGAUACUACUGUAAAGGGGGGGAGGGGGGGUUGUACCCGUUAGCUGCAAGGCUGUCCUCGCCAAGCUCCUUCACUAUGUAAGAAAAGACACAGUAACAUUCUGAUGUAUCCAAUCAAACAGGGUUUCACUGUUGCCGUGUGAGGGCCCUGUUUGCGAAACGGUUUCUCUGCGUUGGUUCUGUAAAUCUAGUGAGUCUCCUUCACUGCUAAUAAGAGGAGAAGAGGGUGAAGACAUGAUAUAUUUAAAAAACACAGAUUGGGUGAAUACCUUUGUAAUUGGGAAAACCGGGCCCUUCACUAAGUCACAACAGUAUAAUCUGGAUAGACUAUUUAAGCAGUGCGACUUUGUGUUCAUUACUUUUUUUUUACAGUGCAUAGUGCUGUCUGCGGAUUUUGUUUAUCUACAGAGUUUCCAGUUACUAGGCUCAGUGUGUUCUGACAAGCCAUGUGAUGGUUAUGACAAUACAAAAAAGGGAAAAAAAAUAAUCGUAUGUCAGAGGUUAUGAGUUAAAACAGCAGUCCCAUCAAAAACUUUGUUGUUUUUCUUGUUUUAAAUUUCUUUUCUGCAGUGUUUGGGAUCAAAGCUGGACUACCAACCAAAGUAGGUGAAAUUGUUUGUCUCGUUACCUCAGGAGAUACGAAUGUUGAAUGGCACUGCUGAAACUGUUUUGUACUGUUGUCCCUCUGAAUAGUAGAGAUACAAGAGCUGACUUUCUUUUCUGCAAAUAACCAGAGGUUUAAGCCGCCCUCGAAUAGUGUUCGAUCGAUGCUGUAUAGUGGGUAUAGUUGGUGUGACGCUUAAAACUUGUUAAAUGUUUUCUGUAAUUAAACACUUACUUUAUUCAUGUAGCAGACUUUCAAUACUCUUUGGAGGCCCAGGUGCGUGAGUUUUAUCUUUUAACUAACUGGUCGAUUCUGGGCUUUCUUUCCUUCUCCUUCAGAGGGGUGUACAAAAUAUACAAGCUGUUUCUGUGCAAGUGUCUCAUUCGUAUUUGCUAAAAGCAUCAAGUGAAGUGCUGGCUCUCCUAGUUAAACUCCGCAGCAAGAAUUAGACGAGUGAUUGUUUUAUUAUUAUAUGGCAAGAUUUAAAUUAAUGUACCAUUCCUCGUCUUUGCCUUUAAAUAUAAUUUUAUUUUUUCAGCUGUUUUUAACCUUUUUUCCUUUUUUUAAAAUGAACAUUUUAAUGUGCCAAAAUACCCACUAUACAGUACCAGCAGAUCCAGUGUUGGCAAGUACCUCGGUUUAGAAUCAGUUUCACUGAAAGGCAGAAAAAUUGCAUUUGGUCUGUAUCGAUUAUUGAAUAAACACACCUUUUAUACAA